AUGGGUAAGACAGUGAGACAGCUCAUAAUUGAGCAAGCUGAAUUGAUCAACAAUGUCGAAGUUUCAUUAAAUCGACUUGACAAGACAGAAGGUGCCAAGACAAACAAGCACAUUAUCAGAGGAUACUUAGAAAACAUGAGAAAUUAUUUUGCAUUGGCUCAAAAUAACCAUCAAGCAUUGUUGUUGGCAAAAGAAGAUGGUACUGCCGAAGACCAGGCGUACAUCGAGACUAAAAAGUACUUCACUAGUGAGUGUUUUUAUCGUAAUCUUGAGCCUGCAUUUUUACGUAAUCAAGCCGAAAUGACAGCUCGAAUUGAAGCGAUUGAGAAGCUCACUGACAAGCCAAUUAUCAUGCCAACAUCAGAAAGUAGAAGUUACCUGCAAUUUCCAAAAGUACAAAUCACACCAUUCAAUGGCAACAUUGAAGAGUGGUCACAUUUUAAAGACUUGUUCGAGACACUUGUACUGAGUAAACCUGGCAUACCAGAUGUCGAGAAAUUUACCAUCCUCAACAACAGUCUUGUUGGGACAGCAGCGACACACAUCAGUUACCUCAAGGUAACAGAAGCCAAUUUUGCUGAGGCUUGGAAGGCGCUCGUAUCCUUUUAUGAAAAUAAACGACUAUUUAUUGAUGCACAUAUCUCAACCUUACUAUCCAUAAAAAGAGUACCAUCUGGUACAUCUGAUGAAUUACAAAAAUUACUGUCGACCUGCUCUCAAGUAUUGGCUGCUUUAAAGGCUUUAAAGAGACCUACUGAUACUUGGGAUGACUUGUUAAUUGGAAUUGUCAAGUCUAAAUUGGACAGUGGAUCCAUUGGUAAAUGGGAAGAGUCUGUCGCUGGGACUUGUGAUCCACCAACUUGGGAUGACCUCAAGACAUUCUUGACAACAAGAAUACGAUAUGCCAAAAGUAUCGAAUUGUCAAAGUCAUCAUAUGAUAGUGAACUAGAUUUACCAUCAACGUCAAGACAUCAACAAGGCAAAGAUCGCCUAUCAAAAGGCACCAUUGCCAAAAGUGCUGCACAUUCUCAUCAUGCUGCUGGUACGUCAAAUUGUCAUUAUUGUAAUGAGCCUGGCCACUUCAUUGCAUUUUGUCCAUCAUUUGAGAAAAAGACUUUCUCACAACGUCAAGAAUAUGUCAGAAAGAAAUUUCUAUGUCAAAAUUGCCUUGGCAAACAUAAAUCAGCUGAUUGUAAAUCCGACAAAAGAUGUAAAAUGUGCGAUAGAGCUCAUCACACACUUUUACAUACACCAAAGUCAAGUCAAUUAAAUGCAUCGAGUAGUACUAAAGGCGGUUCAGACAAUCCAUCAGGUACCACAAGUCAAGGCAGUACUCAAGGUGCAGGUGCAUUGUCAGCACAUAUGACACGUCAAAUAGAAAGUGUACAUGAUACAGUGUUAUUGGCUACACUAGACAUUUUCAUCAUAAGUCAAUUUGGUGAAAGACAAGGCAUAAGAGCAUUGCUAGACCAAGGCUCUGAAAUAUCAAUAUGCACUGAAAGAAUCAUCCAAUGCAUGCAUAUUUCAAGAUCACGAUCUGAAUUGCCCAUUCUUGGAGUUGGAUCGACUAUCCAAGUUUCCAAAGGGUCAGCUAGACUAAGCAUUCAAUCAAGUGACAAGACUGUCACGAUGGAGGUUGAUGUAUCAAUUUUACCUAAAAUCACAAGUUACACACCUGUGAUUGGUGAACAUCAAGAUUGGCCUGAGAUUAAAAAGUUGAAACUGGCAGACCCAGGAUUCAAUGAAGCUGGUACAAUUGAAUUAUUGCUUGGUGCAAAUAUUUAUGGUAAAAUAUUAAAGUCAGGUGUUAUUCAAGGUCCAGUAGGUGUUCCAACAGCUCAAAACACUGUCUUUGGUUGGAUCUUAUCUGGUGUUGUUACGACAAGACUACAACAAUCACCAAAAAAUACAUUGUCAAUACGUCAGUCAAAUAGUCUUCAUUGUCGUCAUGACACUGAAUUAAAUAAAAUUCUACAAAAAUUUUGGCAACAAGAAAAUGAAUUUUUUAGUCUAAACCAAUGCCAUGAGUCUGAAGAUUCAUCAUGUCAAGAUCAUUUUGACAAGACACACACUCGUGAUGCCACUGGCAGAUACAUAGUUCGUUUACCAUUCUUGGAUAAGUUCAAACCAAUUGGUAAUACAUAUACUCCUGCAUUAAAAAUGUUGGAGAGACAAGAAAAUAAAAUGAGUCAAGACAAAAGUUAUCAGACAUCUUAUCAAGAGUUCUUAUUGACAUAUGAACAAAUGGGACACAUGCAACUACGACCAUUCACUGAAGACGUGAGGUAUAGUUGUUUUCUACCACAUCAUGGAGUAGUCAAAGAAUCAAGCACGUCAACAAAACUUCGUGUUGUAUUCAAUGCCUCAUUCAAGCCGUCUGGGGGUACAUCAUUAAAUGAUCUCUUACACGAGGGACCCAAAUUGUUAAACAACUUGGUCGAUGUGAUAAUGAGAUGGAGACAAUAUCAGUUUGUAUUUGCUGCAGAUGUACAAAUGAUGUUUCGUCAGAUAAAAUUACACGAAGAUGACUGGAAAUAUCAACAAAUAUUGUGGAGAAAGUCAAAGACUGACGAGGUCAAAACAUAUUUGUUGACAACAGUAACUUAUGGUACAAGACCUGCGCCAUUCUUGGCUCUUGCAACCAUGAAACAAUUGGAGAAAGACGAGGGUAGUAAUUUCCCUGAGGCAGCCAAUGUUAUUAGUGAAGGUUCAUACAUGGAUGAUGUGUUCUCAGGAGCACAUUCACGAGUACAAUGUAUGACAAAAAUUGAGCAAACUAUGUCAUUGUUCAAGGCGGGAGGGUUUACGUUGAAGAAAUGGUUGACAAAUGACAUAUAUACAGCUGAAGUCAUACCAAAAGAAGAUCGACAAGACGUCGCAUCAUCAUUGUCAUUUGAAGGUGAUGAAAUUUAUCGUGCAUUGGGAUUGUCAUGGAACAAAGAUAAAGAUUCAUUUACCUAUGGUUGGACUCAGAAAAAUACAUUAGACAAAAUGACAAAACGAACAGCAGCAUCAUUAGUCGCACAGCUGUUUGAUCCACUUGGAUGGGUAACACCAAUCACUGUCAGUGGAAAAAUUUUAAUGCAAAAUUUAUGGGCAUCUAAAAUUGGCUGGGAUGACGAACUUGAUCCUGCACAAUUAAAGCUAUGGCAAGACUAUCAAGACCAAUUAGGUCACCUGUCAAAAAUUGAAAUACCACGUUGGCUUGGUACAUCAAUAAACAACAAAAGUAGUUUUGAAAUUCACGGUUUUGCUGACGCGUCAAACGUAGCACUGGGUGCAGUGGUUUACAUCAAGGUCAUUGAUGAACAAAACAAUGUAAGAACUAACAUUGUCACAGCAAAAUCAAAAGCAGUACCACUUAGCCAUAAUGACAAAAAGAAGACUAAAUUAACCACACCGAGGUUAGAAUUAUCUGCAGCUGUUUGCCUAGUUCGUCUAGUCGAACAUGUCCAAGCAGCACUCAAAAUGGAAAGAAUUUGUCAAGAAUCGAGUCAAGGUUAUUCAAGACGUGGUGAAAGAAAAUUUCCCACAAGCUCACCUGGUCAUUUUUUAAUUGGUAGACCAUUAAAUACUUUACCAGAACCAAGUUUACUUGACUUAAAAACUGGUCGACUUGAUAAAUGGCAGCUUGUACAACAAUUGACACAGAGUUUAUGGAAACGAUGGUCAACAGAAUAUUUACAUCAAUUUUAUGUACGAGCUAAAUGGUCUGAAGCUACUACACCUGUCAAGAUUGGAGAUAUUGUUUUGUUGACUGAUGAACGUCAACCAUGUACCAAGUGGCCAUUGGCCAAGAUCAUUGACACUCAUCCUGGAGAUAAUGGGUUACCAAGGGUGGUUACACUUAAAACUGCUACAUCUACAUUCAAACGCCCAGUUGUCAAACUGUGUGUUCUUCCAGUCGAGGCUCGAGGUGAAUAA